UUGGGGGUUUUUUUUUUUUCGCAGAGACAUUUCUGGAUGACAUCUAUGAGUAAAUAUUACUUUACAUAUAGAGCAGCGUUAUAUAAAUUAUUGCUUUGUGGUUUGACUCGAACUAUGUCUAUUGCAUUUACUCUUCAAUUACAUAUUCAUUAUGACACUUGAUUACUUAUGAGAUUGAAAUAUAUGGUUAUAUAAAAACUUUGAUCAUUUUGCAAUCAAGUCUUCCUCGUAGCAAAAUUUCGUCUCCUUGCGUCAUUCAGGCCACCGUAGAUUGAAGACCUUUAACCUGGAAGCUUAUUAUUUCAGCCUUCAAACAACAUGGUGACUGGACGUCUGUAGAGCAGAGCUUAGGAACGGACUGUGACUGGGCAGGAGAUGACGAGUCAGGAAGUGACGAGUCAGGAAGUGAGAUGGGGUUUGAAGAAGAUGGCGGGAGAGAUAGGAGUGUAUGGAACAUAGUACGAUCGAGAAAACGGAAAAAAUGGAAAAGAGAAUGUCUUACACUGAGGAAACAGAUAGCGAGCAAAGUGUUAGCUUAGCAACAAAACAGGAAGAGGGACACAAGGUAAUUAUAAAAUUAUCUCAAGAAGAGACAAGGUUUGGUGAGUGGAAUUCGGUUCAGCUAACAAAAUCGAUAGGCAAACUACUGGGUGAGGUCAAAAGUGCCAAAAUAUUGAGAAGUGGAUCACUACUGAUUAGUUGUAGAAAUAAAGCCCAGCAAGGGAAAGCCAUGCAACUGAAUAAAAUAGAUGGUAAGAGAGUUCAUUGUUCAUUGAUUGGAUAUAAAAAAUGGGUUUGAGGAGUCAUCUCAGGGAUACCUACAGGUGUUACAGGGGAACAGAUAAAAGACAAUGUCUCGGGGGCAAAAGUACUAGAAGCAAAAGGUCUUAAAACAACUAGAAAUGGGGAGAAAUGCGACAGCUUGGCUGUGAUGAUUAAGUUUGACGAAUCUAGACUGCCAAGUAAGGUGUACAUAGGCUAUAUGAGCUAUGAGAUCAGACCAUAUAUUCCUCCACCACUGAGAUGAUCAGACCAUAUAUUCCUCCACCACUGAGAUGCUUUAAAUGCCAAAAGUAUGGCCAUGUAGCAGCAAUAUGUAAGGGCAAACAGAGAUGUGGUAGGUGUGCAGGCGAACAUGAGUACGGGAAGUGUGGAGAAGGAAUAAAGCUCAAAUGCUGCAGUUGUGGAGAAGAGCACAGCUCAGCUUACUGUGGCUGUGAAGCCAGCAAGAAGGCAGUGGAGGUGCAACGAGUGAAGACAUUGUAAGGAAUAACGUAUGCGGAAGCAGUAAAGAAAGUGUCUGGUGAAAGGAAGGGCUACAAACCAGAAAAUAAAGAUAGACCUUGUGGGAACUGUGCAGUAGAGACAGCUAAUCUACUGCCCACACUCCAGUCAAGUAGGUGGCGGUAAUGCACCUUAAGUUGGUUUGUCAACCGCCAUUAAAACAAAAAGAAGAAGAAGAAGAAAAUGAUGGCGACUGCAGAGCUGAAACACGAGAUUUCACUAGAGGAAGAAAUGCUCAGCGUUUUACAAGAAAAUGAAGAAACAUCCAAACCUCAAACACAGAAGAUCCGAGAGACUCCGGAAGACAUCAAGCAAGAGGCUAUCAUUAAUUCGCUGGCAUUCCAUCCUAAAGAAGAUAUCCUUGCUGCUGGAGAUGUUGAUGGAGACAUAUAUUUAUACAGAUACUCUUGCAAUGAAGGGGAGAACAAAGAGGUGUGGUCAUCUGGACAUCACCUGAAGUCCUGUAGAAGUGUUGCCUUCUCAAGUGAUGGAGAAAAAUUAUUUAGUGUAUCCAAAGACAAGGCUGUUCACAUCAUGGAUGUUGUGGCUGGAAGACUUGUUAAGCGCAUUCCUAAAGCUCACAGCAAGCCUAUUAACGCCUUGCUGGUAGUUGAUGAGAAUGUGGUUGCCACUGGGGAUGAUGAGGGCACGUUGAAAGUGUGGGACAUGAGAAAAAGCACUUCAUUCAUGUCCCUGAAACACCAUGAGGACUACAUCAGUGACAUAGCUGCUGAUCCAGCAAAGAGGACUUUACUUACGUCCAGUGGUGAUGGAACUAUGGGAGUGAUCAAUUUAAAGAGGAGAAGAUUUGAACUGCUCUCUGAAAUCCAGGAUGGAGAUCUCACUUCUAUGUCCAUUAUGAAGCAUGGCCGUAAAGUGGUGUGUGGCUCCAGCGAAGGGAUGCUCUACGUUUUCAACUGGAAUGGAUUCGGAGCAACUAGUGAUCGAUUUGCCCUCCAGGCAGAGUCUGUGGACUGCAUUGUACCAAUUACAGACAGCAUAUUGUGUACUGCCUCUAUGGAUGGAGUCAUCAGAGCCGUCAAUAUCUUGCCCAAUCGGGUUGUUGGCAGUGUAGGGCAGCACAUUGGUGAACCCAUCGAGGAAAUUGCUUGCUCGUGGGACAAACACUUUCUUGCCAGCUGUGCUCAUGACCAGCUCAUCAAGUUCUGGGACAUUUCAGGACUCUCUGCCAUGAGGGUCAGUGAUUACCGACAGCAGAAGAAAAAAGAUGGCCGUCUCAAAGCACUUAGCAAUAAAGCAUUUCACGGAGUAGGAGACUUUUUCUCUGGACUACUUGACAUGAACGAGGCAAAUGGAACAACAGAAGAGGCGGAGGACAGUGAUGAAGAGGAUGAUGGGGACAGUGAAAGAAACUGAAAGGCAUUUUAUGUGUUAAAGUUGCUGUUAAUUGCAUUAGCCAUGUAUUUUUAAAAAUCUGUAUUAUCUAUCCCAAACUACUGUACCAGUUAUUUGCACCAGGAAGAAUCUAGCUGCAAAAAAAAUCAAAGCACAUUUCAGGGUGCAUUAUUCAGUAUGUGCAUACAUUCAGUGGAUAUAAUCAUGUACGUUUACAUUUGUCUUGUAGCUACACUCUACAAGGCCAUUUUACAGGUGCACUGUACAGAUAUACAGUCACUGGCUGUAGCCUGUCUACUGUUUUGCAUGUCCAUAAGUGAGAAAAGGACCAUCACGGAUCAUAUAUUAUUAUAUGGUGGUGGACCGUCUUUGCUACAACAAAAACGCUGGUACUUUUAAACUGUGUGCACACUUCUUGCUCAUUGUACUAU